GCCUCAUCAUCACCAUUGCGGUAUCGUCAAUACACUUUUGACGUGUAGUCAGUACCCCGACCGACGUAUCCAUCAUUUUUCCCAUCGUUUAUGCCGCGUCGGAGGCAAUAACACGCGUCGAUCCUACAUCUCCCCACCCUCCACCAACUACCCACCGCGAACGAAGGCCAUAAUUUUUGAGACCACAUUAUUCAUGACGCUGCUAUGAUCGUAUAUAUACCAACGUCAUGAUCGCAUGAAAAGUCGGGGCUGGAAUAUUCCGUUUCUGUCGUCUUUCCACAAUCCGCAGCCCUGUGGCGGUCGUUCUGAAGUUUCGAAAGCGCUCUAAAGCCCACAAGUUUGCAACGUUUAUAUGCCACCCUUGAUCUCGGAGAUCUCAGACCAGUCCUUCUCCACCGACGGAGAGUCCUCUGCAGAAGUCACACUCAUUCAAAAUACCUCGCACCAACCAUAUACCAGUGAAGAGACUGUAGAUCAUGCGGCCAGGUCGGUCGGAGUGAUCAACAAAAGCCUGGGUGUCUACGAGAUGGAGAUGUCCGAUACAGUCAUCACUCACACCCCCCAUGCUGAGGACAGCGCUUUGGGCGACCAACUACAGAGGUCCGCGGAGGAAAGCCUGACUGAUGGGGUCAUUCAGGAUGUCACAGACGUAAAUACCGAGGCCACGGGCGCAGCAGACGACACAAAGGCUUCCCAAGAUCAGGACGGUGAUGCUGAUGAAGAUGCGGAAGGCGAGACUGACGAUGAAGCUGUGGAAGAUGGUGGCGAGGAUGGCAGCAAAAGUACCACGGACAACGCAGAUGCCAGUAGCAACCAAGAUGGCGAGGACGAGACAAGCCCUCCCUCCGCCUCAGAAUCUGGCUCGAGUUCAAGUGAGGCCGACACAGAUGGUGAUGCUGGUCCAGAUACAGCAGUAGCCCAACAAGAAUGCCUCUUUUGCAAAAAUCGAAAGUCGGCCCAAGUUGAGGAUACAAUUGAUGUGACUUGUACGGGCUGCGGCAGUCUGGCACACUCGCAAUGCGCCAAAGAGAAUGGAUUCAUUGAUACGGCUGCCUCUUCAUGGAAAUGUCCAGACUGCUCCAAGAAAACCAAUCAGUCGGAGUCGCCAAAAGAGAACACCGUACGUUCCAAAAACUCCGCACCACGACUCGUGAGAGAUUUACUGCCCGUCACUCGUGGUGUGCAGAAGCCAAACUCGCAUUCAAUUUUCGCACAGCCGUUGAUACCAGAAGGCGAAGAUGGGGGGAGAGCACUUAGAAAGAGAAAGUCACCCACCCAAGAGCCUCUUCCAUUGUCCGAGAAACGACGCCGGAAAGCAACACCGCGAUCAGUGGCAGAAACCCCAGAGACGACAGUGGAUGCUGAACGAGCUGUUGCCCAUUCGACAAGGAAAGCAAGUCAAAAGGUAUCAACUGUGCCAACCGCGCGAAUCCUACAACACCGCCCUUUCCACAAACCCCCACCUCACAAAUUCAUUCUUGCAUUCCGCUUAGAUCAGUCCAAAAUUGAAUCAAUAUUGGAGAAACCUCCACGUCCGGGCAGACGAAGAGGACCUCGAGCAAACGGAAAACGUCGAGCCCCCAAAAUUGCCCCUCCCAUUUUUCAACCCCCAGUACCCAAAUUUCCAGCACUACCGACUCAUCAUCUCAUUUUCCCUUCAGCAUUUACAGACCGAGAAGCCGAGCUCAAUGCGAAGCCUUAUGGCGGAAUAUUGACCGAGGCGGAGGCUGACACUUCAAGAUCACUCCCACAACUUAAGGAUAGGGAGAUUUUCGAGAUUGCCAGAAAAGAAGCGGAAGAGGAAAGACGGAAAACAUCAGCAGCAGCCGAGGCGGAGAUCAACGGAGACAGUAUAGUGGCUAGCAAGCCCAAAUCCACCGUCUCAGGCCCACCAAGUAAGAUCAAGUGUAUCCAGUUUGGGAAAUUUGUUAUCGAUACUUUCUACGCCGCUCCUUACCCGGAAGAAUACUCGCAUGAGUCGAGAUUAUUCAUAUGUGAAUACUGCUUGAAGUAUUUACCAUCGGAAUUUGUUGCAUACCGACACAAGUUGAAGUGUCCCGCCAAACAUCCUCCAGGAGAUGAAAUUUACCGAGAUGGAUCCCUGUCUGUCUGGGAAGUCGAUGGACGCAAGAAGACCGAAUAUUGUCAAUGCCUCUGUCUCAUGGCGAAGAUGUUCCUCGGCUCCAAAACCCUCUACUAUGAUGUCGAACCAUUCUUGUUCUACAUCCUCACGGAGUACGACGAGUUUGGGUACCACUUUGUUGGAUAUUUCAGCAAGGAGAAGCGUCCUGCCAGUCAAAACAACGUCAGUUGUAUUCUUGUGAUGCCGAUCCAUCAAAGAAAGGGCUAUGCCAUGUUCUUAAUCGACUUCUCAUACCUGCUAACCAGGAUCGAGGGGAAAGAUGGAUCGCCCGAAAAGCCGUUAUCGGACAUGGGUCUGACGGCGUAUCGCUCGUAUUGGGAUUUAACGAUCUCGCAACACCUCCUCGACCUCGAAGGCAAACCGUUCAGCACAAAGGCAUUAAUGGCACGAACCGGCAUGACCGCUGACGACGUAAUACAUUCGUUGGAACGUCUCUACGCAUUCACCCGCGACCCCGUCACCAAAACAUUCGCCAUCCGAUAUGACAAGAAGCUCUACGAGCGAAUUACCAGUGAAUACGCUGCCAAAAAUCAUCGCAAGAUGGACCCUCAGUACCUCGUCUGGACCCCGUACAUCAUGGGUCGUAGCGAUCAAGCUACGCUCGAUGGACAACCUAUCUCUGCCCUUGCGCCACGCGAAGACGACGAGGAUGAUGAAGAGGCAGAAGAGGAUCUAGUGAAGGCGGAACCGAAUGGAAUCUCCGACCUGGAAAAACUGAGCGCUAGCAAGCAGGACGGCGACAUGGAAGUCGACACUGAGACCUUAUCCCCGAGGGCGAAGGAAGCAUUCCUCGCAAAGUCGUCGGGUGAUGCGUCUGCUGAUGAUCAAGAGCCUCCUGCUCCCAAAGACCUGUCCAUUAUCAACAACCAUGGUGUUGUCGCCCCUGGUCCACCAUCAACCAACGCCCUCGAUGGCGCCAUCUCGGCCGGAGUUGUCUACCCCGAAGUUAAGAUCAACGGUAUCAGCCACGACGACAGCAAAGAUCCAAACCAUUCAAACGAAGACCCCGCCUCGACAUCUGAACCCAAAGAACCCGAACUCACCGGGUAUGCCUUAGCAUACCGCACACUCAAUAUUCCACCAUCACGCUUCCAAAUAGAACCACCCAUCCCUUCAUCCAUGCUCAGACAGAAAUCCGGACGUAAGAGAUCUCGAAACGCUGCAUUCGGGACUGGCAAAGCCGGCGAUGGCACAGACACACCUUCAGCCCCCGUUGCGGUCAGAAGCUCACCACGAAACGCAGCCAACAGCAUUCAAGGCACCACCAGCGUAACCGGCAGUGGCAGUCCCGGCGCAAGUCCCGAGAAAGACAAAUUCUCCAUGCCGACUACGCCGGUACGAAGAAGUGGACGUGGUAGACCGAAGAGCGGAUUGGCAACUGAACUCAUCGCGACGAACGGUACAAGCGACCUCGACAAGGAUACUGAAGAUAUUGAUGAUGAGGAAGAGGAUGUGGAUGUGGACAUGGACGCCGAUAGUGAAAGUGACCAUGAUAUAAUCAACGUUAAUGUUCCGCCCCGGUCUGGUCAAGUCGAAGCAGAAGAAGAUGAGGAAGAGGAAGAUGAUGAUGAUGAUGAAGAGGAAGAGGAAGAAGGAGACUCUGAUGGCGAAAACUCUUCAUCAACAUCAUCAACGUCAUCUGAUGCCGGAGCCGCUGAUCCUGAUGUCGAUGCCGAUGCCGACGAUGACGACGAUGCAGCAAGCUCAGCAUCUAGCGCCGAGGUAUCGAGUGAAGAGGAGGAGGAGGAGGAGGAGGAAGAGGAAGAUAACGACGACCCCAACGACGAGGAUGUGCAGAUUGACGAGGAUGAAGACGAGGAUGAGAGCGAUGGCGAAAGUGAGAGUCAGGCAGUCAGCGAGGUUGUCACUGAGGUCGAGAAUGACGAUGACGAUGAUGCUGAAGACACUGCAGAUCCUGCAGCUUCCGGUAGCAAUGUCAACGGAGGUAGUGUCGAUGACGAUACAGGCUCAAGUGACAAUGACUAGCACAAGAGUCUUGUUACGGCCUGUAUUAUCCGCUAUUCGUCCCAGAAACCACCUCAAGCCUCCUCCUCCUCCUCCAUCCUCCAUCCUAUAUCUUCGUGGUAGCAUGAGAAUGAAAAUCCUACUUCGCGAGGAGUUAACCUGGCCUAACCCAAACAAAUUUUCCUGGAGGCUGGACGCUGGAUGAACUGCAGACAGCCGGUUUGACGAUGUGGCGUGGAACAAUCAUGGGGAUCGAGUGAUAACAGAAAUUGGAAAGUAGAAAAGAAUGUCGAUGAGAAAAUAAAAAACUUGUCAUGUUAACAAAA